AUGACUGACGCCGCGCUCGAUAGAUUUAGUGAACGCGGAAUAUCGAGUUUAGUGCAGUGUUUGCGGCUGACGGCCAACUGGGUGUGGCCGGCGUCGCGCUGCGGGCGCGGGUCGCGCGGCUACUGGGCGCCGUCGCUCGGCUCGCUGCCCCCCUCCGCGCCCGCCUCCCCCUCCCCCUCCCCCUCGCCCGCGCCCUCCUCCUCCGACGACGGCGGCUUCCUGCCGCGCCUGCGCGCGCCGCUGCAGCCCGCCGCCGCGCCGCCGCUGUUCCGCGCCUCCUCGCCCGCGCCCUGGCCGCCCUGGCCGCCGUGGCCGCCCUGGCCGCCCUGGGCCGCCGCCUGGACCCCCUGGUCGCCGCUCCACAUCUCGGACCUCAGCUCCGUGCCCUUCCCGAGCUCCGCCGAGGGCUCGUUCCCGACGCCGCCGUCGCCGUUCCGGCCCCGCGCGCGGCCGGCGGUGCCGACGACGGGGCCGGGGUGGAGGCCCGGCCCCGCCGCGCGCCGCCACCGGCCUCGCGCGCCCGCCGAGCCGCCGCCGCCGCCGCCGCACGAGGCCUCGCCCGAGAGCCGCUCCUCGUCCAGCGGCUUCGGCAGCAAGAACGCGUCGUCGUCCGCGCACAACCGCAGCAGCCGCGCCGGCAGCCUGGCCGAGUGGCGGCCGCCGCCGUACCGGCCGCCGCCGCCGGCGCCGGCGCCGCGGCCGGGCUCGGCGGCGGACGCGGGCUCGGUGGACGUGCACUACGAGUGGGACCGCGCCACGCGCACGCCCACGCCGUCCACGCCGGAGCGGCGGCCGCGCGCGCGCGACGACGUGGAGGCGAGGGUGCGCGCCAUGAAGGAGGAGUUCCUGGAGUUCCGCAAGCGGCAGGCGCUGCGGCGCCGCUCGCCCGAGCCGCCCGUGUCGCCGCUGGCGGUGUACCCGCUGUCGCCGCUGUCCCCGCUGUCGCCGCUGGCGCCGCUAGCGCCGCUGGGGCCGGCGCCGGCCGAGAGCGUGUGCUGA